UUUCACCACCUGGCACUUCAUCCCCAUCUUUCACGAUAUUUGACAAUCUACCAGUUUCAGAUUUGACAGCACCACUCAGCCCCGGAAAUGUCGAAUCUACCAACACUCGUGCUUGUGCACGGCGCCUGGCACCGGGCGUCGUGCUUCAACCCCAUCACCAGUCUCCUGCAAGAGAAACACGGGCUGAAAUGCAUAUUGGUGUCGCUCCCUUCAACCUCAGGGAGCCCCGAGGCCACCUUCAAGGAUGACAUCGAUGUGGUCCAAGAAGCAAUAGCCAGCGAAACGAGCGCCGGGCGCGACGUGGUCGUCAUUGCCCACUCGUACGGCGGCAUGGUUGGCAGCAGCGCCAUCAAGGGUUUCGCGAAGAAGACGGGCUCAGCCCCCGACGUCGCGGGGCACGUCAUCGGCCUCAUCCUCAUCGCCUCCGGCUGCAACCUGCCGGGACUCUCCUUCAUGGACCCCUUCUUUGGUCACCCGCCCCCCUCCUGGCGCGUCAACAAGGAGACGGGAUACGCCGAGCUCGUCGUCUCGCCGCGCGAGCUGUUCUAUCACGACGUGCCCGCAGACGAGGCCGAGUACUGGGUCUCCCAGCUCACCACCCAGAGUCUCAAGGCCCUGUUCGAGGGCGGGGAACACUCGUAUGCCGGCUGGAAGGACGUGCCUGUGUGGUACAUUGGCACCAUCGAGGACCGCGGUCUGCCGGUCGUGGCUCAGCGCCUCGGCAUAGGCAUGGCGAGGGCAAUGGGCGGCGUCAUCGAGCACAGGGAGAUGCAGACGAGCCACUCGCCCUUCUUGAGCCAACCGAAGGAGACGGUGGGGAUUAUCCUGGAAGCGGUCGAGGCGUUUACCGGCAGGCCGGUCGAAGCCACGCCGACGAGCAGAUCGCCACCCAAGGGGGUAACGGUACCCGCCGUCAGGCUCUGGCAGCCUCUCACGUGGUAUCGGUUUGGCCUGCCGCUGUCCUUUGGCCGCUUGAUGGGUGGGGCCUUUCUCUUCUUUGGGUGGUGUAGGAAGGUGUUUGGCGGCUCCAAGUAGGCUUGCUUGGGGUUCCAGUUCUACGGCGCGUCUCAUCUCUCUAUUGUAGUUUUAUUCCUGUCAAGCCGCCGACUCGCCUAUCAACAGUGCUACCGCCGUGCUGCGCGCCCGUAUCUAUCUCCGCGUCCAGCAAGAGCCGUCUCUGGCUGCUCAUGUGCGCAAGAGAUACGACCACGCAAGAGAGAAGCUGUUUCAGGACGCGAGUUCAUGGUGGGCAUUCUCGGAGAU